AUGUUAUUUAAAUCAUUACAAUCAAUCAGCUCCAUUAAAUCAGUUUCCCAAAAGAGUCAAUUAAAAAACACAAUAAGCUCAUCACAAUUUGGUUCAAACUCUAAUCAACUUUUAGAUGUUGCUGCAUGCAUUGAUUUAAACCUUGCUCCAUUAUUAUCUGUUCAUGUUGAUGCUGACAUUAGCCUUUAA